AUGGCCGCCUCUCCCUCUUGCAUUUCUCUUGUGGUGCUCGUGGCUCUGGCCACGGUGGCGUCUGCGCAGCUGUCCCCGACGUUCUACAGCGCGUCGUGCCCCGGGGCGCUGGCCGCCAUCAAGAGCGGCGUGACGGCCGCCGGCUGCGACGCCUCUGUUCUUCUGUCAGGCAACGAGCAGAACGCGGGCCCGAACGCGGGGUCGCUGAGGGGCUUCGGCGUCAUCGACAGCAUCAAGGCGCAGGUCGAGGCCGUGUGCAAGCAGACUGUCUCCUGCGCCGACAUCCUCGCCGUCGCCGCCCGCGACUCCGUCGUCGCCCUCGGAGGGCCGUCAUGGACGGUUUUACUAGGAAGAAGGGAUUCCACGGGCGCAAACGCGGGUUUGGCAAACAGCGACCUCCCAGGCCCGGGCUCCAGCCGGGCACAGCUCGAGGCCGCGUUCCUCAAGAAGGGCCUCGACACGGUCGACAUGGUGGCCCUCUCCGGCGCGCACACCAUCGGGCAGGCGCAGUGUGGGACCUUCCGCUCCCGGAUCUACGGCGGCGACACCAACAUCAACGCGGCCUACGCCGCAUCUCUCCGGGCCAACUGCCCCCGGUCCGGCGGCAACGGCAACCUGGCGCCGCUGGACACGAUGACGCCCAACACCUUCGACAACGCAUACUACACGGACCUCCUAUCCCAGAAGGGGCUCAUGCACUCGGACCAGGUGCUCUUCAACAACGACACCACCGAUAACACCGUCCGCAACUUCGCGUCGAGCGCGGCGGCCUUCAGCAGUGCCUUCGCGACGGCCAUGAUCAAGAUGGGCAACAUCGCGCCGCUCACCGGGGCGCAGGGCCAGAUCAGGCUCAGCUGUUCCAAGGUGAACUCGUGA